UUCUACUCUGGAGACUUUGACUAUUUUUGGAUUUCAGGUGUUGUCUUUUAUAUGAAGUGUGAGAAGACUGAGGUAACUAGCACGUUAAAACAUCCAGAUUCUAGCCUCCAGGCACACUAAAUUUAAAUCUUAACAAAACCCGGAGGCUAUAUUAUCAUCGGGAGUAAAAUGAACUUUAGUCUUUGUUUUAGUCCAUUUUGUGUUGCUGUGAAGGAAUAUCUGAGGCUGGGUAGUUUAUAAAGAAAAAGGUUUAUUUGACUUACAAUUCUGGAUGGCUGGAAGGUAUGAUAAAGACUGGACCUGAACCCAGGAGGCAGAGAUUGCGGUGAGCCGAGAUCGCACCAUUGCACUCCAGCCUGGGUAACAAGAGCAAAACUCCAUCUCAAAAAACAAAAAGAGAUAAAGACUGGAAAGUGAUCUUACAGUAUUUAAAUUAGAAUCAUAUGUGGAGUUCCUAAAACAUUUGCAUUCUGACGCCCCUCUCAGGUUAGAUUUAUGAACAUGGAUUCCCAAUCUGAAUUUUUAAAACAGCAAAAUUGCAUGCAGAUCAUUCUGAUGCACAAUCUGGCUUAAGAACUACUGUCCUGUAGUCAUGAAGUCUAUAUAUUUUGUAAUUAGAGAAGAGGUGAAGAAUAUUUUCUUCACCUCUUCUCUAAUUAAGCAGUCUGAAGGAGGUUGAAUUUUGGGGUUGUACAUUGUCUACAAGAGAAACACAUUAACAUCCAUGCACAUAGAUUGGGCAUCUGCAUCUGGUGAGGGCCCCAGGCUGUUUCCACUCAUGGUAGAAGGGGAAGGGGUACUGUGUGUGUAGAGAACACAUGGCCAGAGAGUGAGGGUAGAAGUGCCAAGCUUUUCUUUUUAACUAGCUGAGGCCAGGUGCAGUGGCUCAUGCCUGUAAUCUGAACACUUUGGGAGGCCAAGGCAGGUGGAUCACCUGAGGUUGGGAAUUCAAGACCAGCCUGACCAACAUGGAGAAACCUCGUCUCUACUAAAAAAAAUACAAAAGUAGCCGGGCAUGAUGGCUCAUGCCUGUAAUCCCAGCUACGUGGGAGGCUGGUGCAGGACAAUCUCUUGAACCCAGUAGGCAGAGGUUGCAGUGAGCUUAGAUCUCGCCAUUGCACUCCAGCCUAGGCAACAAGAGUGAAACGCUAUCUCAAAAAAAUAAGUAAAUUUUAAAAACUAGCUUUGGUGGGAACUAAUAAAGCAAGAACUCCCUUACCCAUGCUCCCCACAGGAGGGCAUUAAUCUAUUUAUGAGGGAUCUACUUGCCAUAACCCAAACACCCCUCUAGGCGCUAUCUUCAAACACCAUCACACUGGGGAUUAAAUUUCAAUGUGGGAUUUGGCGAGGACAAAUAUCCAAACCAUAGCAGUCUUAUAGUCUUUAAAUUAGAAUCAUAUGUGGAGUUUCUAAAAGGUAUUCCUAGGCCCCUCAGGUUAGAUUUAUGAACACUGAUCCACAAUUUGAAUUUUUAAAACAGCAAAGUCUCAUACUAGUUCUGCAGAUGAUUCUGAUCAUAUAUGGCAUAUGUAUUUUUUACUGGAGGCACCUCUUUUCUGGGUUAAGAACCACUGUCCUGUAGUCGUGAAGUCGAUAUAUUUUGGUAUUUUCUUUACCUCUUCUCUAAUUAACCAGUCUGAAGGAGUUUGAAUUUUGGGGGUCAUACAUUGUCUAUAAGAGAAACACAUUAACAUGCAUGCACAGAGUCCUUUGUAAUAAUUUGGGUUGAUUGACUAGGUGGCUCCAGGUAGGAGAGUCAGGCUUCAUGCAAGUUCUUCAGUCACUGCAGUUUUGGAGGACUGACUCUUAACCCCAAUAAGAAACCACUUGUGCUAUUAUAAAUUUAUAAAGCUAUUGAAAAGAGGAGCCUCCAGUAAAAAAUACAUAUGCCAUAUAUGCACAAACAGCAAUAUUAAUCCCUCAUUUAUUUUUGGAGUUAGACCAAAAAUCAAAAGCAAAUUGUUUAAGAUAAAAUUACCAUUAAGGAGUUUAAUACUUUUCAAGGAAUCUUCAUGUGAGCCUCAAUCCCAGACCAAUAGAAUGAAAUAACAGGAAUGUUCAGCAUUUCUCUGCAAAGAGAAAUCCAAAAAUUUGUCCUGUGUGAGAUUUUGCUUUUCCCAUCUUUAUGAAGUGUAUCAGCAGAUGCAUAAGAACCUGGAAGAAGCUGCUCAAUUAAGGCUUUUUUUUUUUUAAAGAGCAAUUGUUAGUAAUGUGGUGCUGAAGUCAAUGAAGGCUUAACUUUGAAGUGUCAAGAAUGAUAUCCCCCUUCCCUUCAUGUUAUUUUGAAGAAUAAGUUUUGUACGUUUCUCCAGGUAUUAAAGUGGAUGUCCACCUUUGCCAGAACCUAAAGGCAGAACCUAAUGGUAAAAUGAAGACAACCUGGUUAGUUCUAAGAAUACUCUCAAAUAUUUUCAUCUAGAGUGAAUAUUUACUGUUGGCUUUGUAUUCUGGGAAUUAGCCCAAGACUAUGCUGCUCAAAUGGGUGCAAAUAGACUCUCAGGUUGCAAUAGCAUAACUAGGGGUAUUUGAAGCAAUAAUUGUUCCAUCUUGGAUUAUCGGUUUUGCUCUUGGAUUUGGUAAAGUUUUUGUUUUUCUACUCAUGCCAGUUGUAUCAAAAUGUUACUACAUUAAAACAAACACAAAUAUGUUUAUUCAUUACUGUGUCCCUGUAAUAAUGCCUGGCAUGUAGUAGGCACCUAAUAUUUGUUGAAAGAAUUAAUUCUAGAAUAGACUGCAAAAUUUUAAUGUAUUUCAAGGUAAAGCAUAGACUGCAAAAUUUUAAUGUAUUUCAAGGUAAAGCAUGAGAGUUCAAAGAAAUGUUCUAUUUGCCAUCUACAACUUUGAAUAAUGCUUCUAGAUUCUGCUUUACUUCAUGUACUUUUGCCGGCAGAGGUGAAUGCCUUAGGGAAAAAGUUGGAUAAAUGCUGAUUUAAGGCAACAUAUCUACAUGGUUAUGUGAACAUUUGCCAGUUGGGGUAAAACUAAGAGGAGUGAUCAAUAGCAUCUCAUCAAUUUAAAGGAUGAUUUCACCAGUUGUACUGUCAUACUCCAGAGAUAUAUGUGCCAAGAAGCAGAGAUGCACUCUAGAAUUCCAGAAGAAAGAUGAUUUGUAAGUUUUUAAUAUUUGUAUGCCAGCCCUUUUAAGUGUAAUGAUAUGUAACAGAAAGCAGGUGAACUACUUCAAAUGGCUCUCAAUGUUUGUCUUUCAGAGGACAUAAGCACCAGGCUGCAAAAGUUGGAGGCAUUGUAUGCUUGUGUCAAAAUGAGAGUCACACACGUCAAGAACUGUAGGGACUAAUUCUAGAAAAAGACUUCAGAAGAGAUGACACAUGAAAUAGGAACCCGGCCUGGUGUUGCUAUGGAGAUAGGACGCCGCAACUUACAGAGCAACCAGGACCCAGAAAUUGCUUAAGCGACCGAGGCAAAGUAACUGAACUGAAUUGCCUUCUUCCAUAUUUUCACUCCUUCUUCAUCCAGAACAUUGCUUCUCGAACUCCUUCCAUGGAAGAGUCAACAUCCCCGAAGCAAGAAAAAGAAAACCAGGAACUAGGGGAAGCAAGGCGGUCUUGGGAUGUAAAGACAGCAGCUUCUCCCCAGUAUUCUGAGCCUGCGUCGUUUGAGCCCUUGGAGGCUAAGCAGGGGCUAGAAACUGGACGCCAGUCCAGAAGCAGCCGUUAUUGGAGCCCCCAGUCUGGAGCCAGGACUUCUCUGGGUGGUUCCGCGGGACCAGAAACAUCAUCACCUGCUCCUCUCUCUCCGCGGGAGUCCUCUUCCACUCCUUCUCCCCUGGCUCCGGCCAUACAAGACCUCGGGGCACCACCUCAGUCAGACAGGACCACUAGUGUGAUUCCUGAAGCCGGGACACCUGAUCCUGAUCCUUUGGAACAAUCAUCUGAUAAAAGAGAAUCAACUCAUCACACAAACCAAUCAGACGGAAACACCUUUCAACAGUCUCAGCAACCCCACCUGUGUGGACCAAGGGCUGUGAGCUAUAAAAACGCUAAUCAGAAAGAGCUGAGAUUUGACGUUUUUCAGGAGGAAGACUCAAACAGUGACUAUGAUUUACACCAGCCUGCGACCGGUGGCUCUGAAGUGGCCCCCAGCAUGCUUGAGACCACCGUUCAGAAUGCUAAGGCUUACCUGCUGAAGACUAGUAGCAAGUCGGGCUUAAAUCUAUAUGAUCAUCUUUCUAAUAUGUUGACCAAGAUAUUAGAUGAGCGUCCUGAAAAUGCUGUUGACAUCAUUGAAAAUAUUAGCCAAGAUGUGAAGAUGGCACAUUUUAGUAAAAAAUUUGAUGCACUUCAAAAUGAGAAUGAGAUGCUUCCAACAUAUGAAAUAGCAGAAAAGCAAAAGGCUCUUUUUCUCCAGGUACAUUUGGAAGGAGUUGACCAAGAAUUAGAAGAUGAAAUAGUGGAAAAUGCUCUUCCAAAUGUAAUGGAGUCAGCUUUUUAUUUUGAACAAGCUGGAGUUGGUUUGGGCACAGAUGAGACAUACCGCAUAUUUCUUGCCCUCAAGCAGCUUACUGACACCCACCCAAUCCAAAGAUGCCGCUUCUGGGGAAAGAUCUUGGGUCUGGAAAUGAAUUAUAUUGUAGCUGAAGUGGAAUUUCGUGAGGGGGAAGAUGAAGAGGAAGUGGAAGAGGAAGAUGUAGAUGAAGAGAGGGACAAUAGAGAAAGUGAAGCUGAUGAAGAUGAGGAAGAUGAAUUACCAAAGUCCCUUUACAAGGCCCCACAGGCUAUACCAAAAGAAGAAAGUAGAACAGGUGCCAACAAAUAUGUCUAUUUUGUUUGUAAUGAACCAGGAAGACCAUGGGUAAAGUUACCACCAGUUACACCUGCACAAAUUGUUAUUGCAAGAAAAAUCAAGAAAUUUUUCACUGGGCGAUUGGAUGCUCCCAUCAUAAGCUACCCACCUUUCCCAGGAAAUGAGAGUAAUUAUUUACGAGCGCAAAUUGCCCGAAUUUCAGCAGGAACCCACGUCAGUCCUCUAGGAUUCUAUCAGUUCGGCGAAGAGGAAGGAGAGGAGGAGGAAGAGGUAGAAGGCAGCCAAAAUAGCUUUGAGGAAAACCCUGAUUUUGAAGGCAUCCAAGUGAUUGAUCUAGUAGAAACCUUAUCUAAUUGGGUUCAUCAUGUACAGCAUAUUCUCUCUCAGGGUCGCUGUAACUGGUUCAACUCCGUACAAAAAAAUGAGGAAGAAGAAGAGGAAGAAGAUGAAGAAAAAGAAGAGCCUGACUACAUAGAACAGGAAGUGGGGCCUCCUCUUUUGACACCAAUCUCUGAAGAUUUAGAGAUUCAGAAUAUACCCCCUUGGACAACACGGCUAUCGUCAAAUCUCAUUCCACAAUAUGCUAUUGCUGUCCUUCAAUCCAACCUUUGGCCUGGAGCAUAUGCCUUCUCCAAUGGGAAAAAGUUUGAAAAUUUCUACAUAGGCUGGGGUCAUAAGUAUAGUCCAGACAAUUAUACGCCCCCAGUUCCACCACCAGUUUAUCAAGAAUACCCCAGUGGACCAGAAAUUACAGAAAUGGAUGACCCUGGUGUGGAGGAGGAGCAGGCUUUCAGGGCCGCACAAGAAGCAGUUCUACUCGCAGCUGAGGAGAAUGAAGAAACUGAGGAAGAUGAAGAUGAGGAAGAUGAUUAUGACUGAUAAACAUAAAAUUAGCCUGGUUUUGUGUGACACUGAUACACACACACCCCUUAUGUGGGACUAAUUUUACGCAUUUGUGUGUGUAUGUAUGUGUAUGUGUAUACAUACCCAUGUAAGAAAUUUUUCAUCUCCAAAAUGUCAAUCUUUAAAAUAUCAGCCUUGAAAUUUCAUAGGUAGAAAUAUUAGUAUGUUUAAUGAAAGAUGCUCAGGGGAUUUUCCAGAGGCUAAAUAACAUGUGAUCACAUCAUUGUUCUGAGGGUUAUAGAUAAUGGAAUAUGUGCUUGUACAUUCUUAUUUUCAAAAGGUCUCAGGUUUCACAUUGUCCAGGUGAGGUAAAAAAAAAAAAAUUAAGGGCAGGCACAGUGGCUCACACCUGUAAUUCCAGCACUUUGGGAGGCUGAAGCAGAUGGAUCAUGAGGUCAGAUUGAGACCAUCCUGGCCAAGAUGGUGAAACCCCGUCUCUACUAAAAUACAAAAAACUAGCCAGGCAUGGUGGCACAUGCCUGUAGUCCCAGCUACUCGGGAAGCUGAGGGGAAUCGCUUGAACCCAGGAGUCGGAGGUUGCAGUGAGCCGAGAUCACGCCACUACACUCCAGCGUGGUGACAGAGCAAGACUCCAUCUCAAAAUAUAUGAAUAAAUAGUCUCAGGUUUGAUAAUAUGAUAAACACUGGAAGAUAUAACCCACAGGAAAUUCUUGGAAACAUCAAUACUCUCAAGAGUAUCAGGUGAUACAAAGACAAAAAAUAUUGAUAGUCACUACAGUAUGUAUUCUCAACCUUUGUAAGAACUGAUCUAGAGCAUGUGUUCUUAAACCUUUGUAAUUACCUAUGGUGGGGCCUGUGAUAUUGUGUGCAAACACUGUAUAGUAUAUAUAUUCAUUUUUCCUGCUGGAGAUAGUAUCAUAAAUUUAUCACCUGCUCAAAAACUGUAGGAACACUCAAAAAGCAUUUUAUUUUUUUUAUUAUUUGUUAUUUCUCAAAAGGCAUUCUCAGACUCCUCCUUCAUCCUGCAGAAAUUUGAUUUGAACUGAUUGGGGAAAAAUGAUUUGUUUUGUACAGAUAUGGUUGCUGGAGAUAGCCAUAGACUUGACUUAUAUUUUCUACCACUACUUCUCUAAAACAUUAUUUUCCCACACUAAAAAGCAUUUUUAAGUCCUGUAGGUACCAGAUAUAGCUGUGACUAUGACUAAAAACUAGGCACUGCUCUUGAAAUCAUAGACCUUUCAUUGAAGAGGGAGCUAUAGGAAGGUAAAUAGAAAAGUAAAAUAGAUUGCAAUUUAGCAAGUAUUGAUACAAAUAUUUCAGGUAACACAGAAGAGUGCUUCUCAAAUUCUAUAGUAAUUUUGGUAAGUUAAAAAAAUAAUUCCAAGUCAUUACUGUUGUUUUUAAAAAAUAAAAUGACACAUCAGUUCUCAGCGUCUAUA